CUGGGCGUUAGAUCUCCGUAGCGCAUUGAAAGAUCUCCACACCGGUCAGACAUACACAACGUGGGUUGCAGAGAUACUUGUUUCUCUAGCACAGCUCUUUUCGCCUCCCCACCCUGGGAUAGUAUUUGGUGGUUUUGGAGAGCUUGGAGCAUUGCGGGUUAAUGAAGGUAAAGGGGUUCCAUUCUGCAGUUCCAAGGCUAAGGCUUUGAUUCUCAGGGGUGCUCCCUUUCCCCCCCCUCCCUUGCAGUUCAGUGGACUGCUUUUCUCGUCUCCCUUUCUUGCAGGUACAGCCUUUUGAGGAGCCUAAAUUACGGAUUUUCAUUGCAGCCAUUAGUGCCACAGAAGCAAGUCCCACCCUGAAAGCACAGAGCAACAGCCCCGCCCCCCUCGGGAUCACCGUUCUUGGUGACUCGUUUCCAACAGCCGGUUAAAACAUGGUCGAUUACUAUGAAGUUCUAGGCGUGCAGAGACAUGCCUCAGCCGAGGAUAUUAAAAAGGCAUACAGGAAACUGGCACUGAAGUGGCAUCCAGAUAAAAAUCCUGAGAAUAAAGAAGAAGCGGAGAGAAAAUUCAAACAAGUAGCUGAGGCGUAUGAGGUGUUAUCAGACGCUAAAAAACGGGACAUCUAUGACAAAUACGGCAAAGAAGGAUUAAACGGUGGUGGAGGAGGUGGCAGUCACUUCGACAGUCCCUUUGAGUUUGGCUUCACAUUCCGAAACCCAGAUGACGUCUUCAGGGAAUUUUUUGGUGGAAGGGACCCAUUUUCAUUUGACUUCUUUGAAGACCCGUUUGAGGAAUUCUUUGGGAAUCGAAGGGGCCCCCGCGGAAGCCGGAACCGAGGCACGGGGUCGUUUUUCUCCGCCUUCAGUGGAUUUCCCUCUUUUGGAGGGGGAUUUUCUUCUUUUGAUACAGGAUUCACUUCCUUUGGUUCACUAGGUCACGGGGGCCUCACUUCAUUCUCUUCCACGGCAUUUGGUGGCAGUGGGAUAGGCAACUACAAAUCUGUAUCAACUUCUACUAAAGUGGUUAAUGGCAGAAAAAUCACUACAAAGAGGAUUGUCGAGAAUGGUCAAGAGAGAGUGGAAGUCGAAGAAGACGGCCAGCUGAAGUCCUUGAUGAUAAAUGGUGUGGCUGACGAGGACGCCUUCGUGGAGGAGUGCCGGCGACGAGGCCAGCACGCGCUGCCCGGCCAGCCCGCCAGCACCAGUGCCCGCCCUCUGAAGUCCCACCGGCCAGCCUCUGUGCCCAAACACGCGCCCCACCCCCCGGGUGAGGACGAGGACGAGCCAGGCCGGCACCGGGCCAGCAGCAGCUGGGAGCCCCCGGCCGCGUUCCCCGCAGGUGUGCACGAGGGGUCCGCCGCAGAGCCUCCCCGCGGGGCUGCCUCCCGGCCUUCCCGGGGCCCCCGAGGACCGAGAUGGCACCUGUGUUGCUGUGUCCUGGCCUGA